AUGGCUCUGCCCCGGCCAAGUGAGGCCGCGCCCCAGGACAAGGUGUGCUACCCGCCGGAGAGCAGCCCGCAGAACCUGGCCGCGUACUACACGCCAUUCCCGGCCUAUGGACACUACAGGAACAGCCUGGCCACCGUGGAGGAAGACUUCCAGCCUUUCCGGCAGCUGGAGGCCGCAGCGUCUGCUGCCCCCGCCAUGCCCCCCUUCGCCUUCCGGAUGGCGCCUCCCUUGCUGAGCCCGGGUCUGGGCCUACAGAGGGAGCCUCUCUACGAUCUGCCCUGGUACAGCAAGCUGCCACCGUGGUACCCAAUUCCCCACGUCCCCAGGGACGUGCCGCCCUUCCUGAGCAGCAACCACGAGUACACGGGUGCCAGCAGUGGAGAUCCGGGCCACCAAAUCAUUGGUGGCGACAACGAGAGUGGCCCGUGUUGUGGACCUGACACUUUAAUUCCACCGCCCCCUGCGGAUGCUUCUCUGUUACCUGAGGGGCUGAGGACCUCCCAGUUGUUACCUUGCUCACCCAGCAAGCAGUCAGAGGAUGGUCCCAAACCCUCCAACCAGGGAGGGAAGUCCCCUGCUCGGUUCCAGUUCACGGAGGAGGACCUGCACUUCGUUCUGUACGGGGUCACUCCCAGCCUGGAGCACCCAGCCAGCCUGCACCAUGCGAUUUCAGGCCUCCUGGUCCCCACAGACAGCUCUGGAUCUGAUUCUCUUCUUCAAACUCUGGAUAAAGACUCCCUUCAACUUCCAGAAGGUCUAUGCCUCAUGCAGACGGUGUUUGGUGAAGUCCCACAUUUUGGUGUGUUCUGCAGUAGUUUUAUUGCCAAAGGAGUCAGGUUUGGGCCCUUUCAAGGUAAAGUGGUCAACGCCAGUGAAGUAAAGACCUACGGAGACAAUUCUGUGAUGUGGGAGAUCUUUGAAGAUGGUCAUUUGAGCCACUUUAUAGAUGGAAAAGGAGGUACAGGGAACUGGAUGUCCUAUGUCAACUGUGCCCGCUUCCCCAAGGAGCAGAACCUAGUUGCUGUGCAGUGUCAAGGGCAUAUAUUUUAUGAGAGCUGCAAAGAGAUCCAUCAGAACCAAGAGCUUCUUGUGUGGUAUGGAGACUGCUAUGAGAAAUUUCUAGACAUUCCCGUGAGCCUUCAGGUCACAGAGCCGGGGAAGCAGCCAUCUGGGCCCUCUGAAGAGUCUGCAGAAGGCUACAGAUGUGAAAGGUGUGGGAAGGUAUUUACCUACAAAUAUUACAGAGAUAAGCACCUCAAGUACACCCCCUGUGUGGACAAGGGCGAUAGGAAAUUUCCCUGUUCUCUCUGCAAACGAUCCUUUGAGAAGCGGGACCGGCUUCGGAUCCACAUUCUUCAUGUUCACGAGAAGCACCGGCCUCACAAGUGUUCUACAUGUGGGAAAUGUUUCUCUCAGUCUUCCAGCCUAAACAAACACAUGCGAGUCCACUCUGGAGACAGACCAUACCAGUGUGUGUAUUGUACUAAGAGGUUCACUGCCUCCAGCAUACUCCGCACACACAUCAGGCAGCACUCCGGGGAGAAGCCCUUCAAAUGCAAGUACUGUGGUAAAUCUUUUGCAUCCCAUGCUGCCCAUGACAGCCAUGUCCGGCGUUCACACAAGGAGGAUGAUGGUUGCUCAUGCAGCAUCUGUGGGAAAAUCUUCUCAGAUCAAGAAACAUUCUACUCCCACAUGAAGUUUCAUGAAGACUACUAG